ACUAGUGAUUUUUCGCAUUCCACAAUAGUUCGCUGUAGUCACCUGUCGAACGAGGCUUGUGUGCAGUCCCGUUCGAACGCGAAUCGAUCCAGCGAACUGGAAAAAAACAGAAAAUAGCAAGCAAGUGUUGCGACGCGGGAAAAGACUUUUCCGUCGCGAAUCGAGAUGAGCCCUUGCUGAGCGACGUUAUUGCUUCUCUUUUUCUCUUGCACAUCCGCGUGCUGGACACGGAUUAUUUAUCUGUCUCUCUCUCUCUCUCUCUCUCUAUCUAUCUUUCCCCGCAAACGAAUCAUCAACAAUGCAAAGUGUAAUAAAUUCUGUAAAGGGCACCGCGCUUGGCGUAGCUGAAUACUUGACGCCAGUGUUGAAGGAGAGUAAAUUUCGAGAGACAGGUGUCUUAACACCUGAGGAGUUUGUAGCGGCGGGCGAUCAUUUAGUGCAUCAUUGUCCCACAUGGCAGUGGGCCACUGGCGAUGAGGAUAGGGCAAAGUCUUACUUACCAAAGGGCAAGCAGUUCCUGUUGACUCGUAAUGUUCCUUGUACACGUCGAUGCAAGCAGAUGGAAUACAGCAACGAACAAGAAUGUAUUAUAGAAGCUGAUGAUCCUGAAGGUGGCUGGGUGGACACUCAUCAUUAUGCCACUAGCGUUGCUGGUCUAGAUGAAAGAGUGACAGAAAUGGCACUCGAAGAUACACUAGGUGAAUUAUCUCAACUUCAAGAUAAUGUAGACGAUGAUGAAGAUGAUGAAGAUGCUGCUGAUAUGGAUGCUUUCGAAAUCAGUGGAAUGCUGGAUGAGCAGGAUAAGCAUGCGACAACAGAAAGCACUAAGAAAACUGGCAGUGAGAAACGGAACUCGUUUACAGAGGGAGAGAUUAUUCGCACUCGCACCUAUGACUUGUACAUUACAUAUGAUAAAUAUUAUCAAACACCUAGAUUAUGGUUAUUCGGAUAUAACGAGAAUCGAAAAGCACUUAGUGUAGAAGAGAUGUAUGAAGAUGUUAGUCAAGAUCAUGCUAAAAAGACAGUUACAAUGGAGACUCACCCACACAUACCUGGCCCUCCUAUGGCUUCCGUUCAUCCUUGCAGGCAUGCGGAAGUGAUGAAAAAAAUCAUGGAGACGGUAAUGGAAGGCGGUGGAGAAUUAGGAGUACAUAUGUAUCUUAUAAUAUUUCUGAAAUUUGUUCAAUCUGUUAUACCGACGAUCGAAUAUGACUACACACAAAAUUUUAUGUUAAACGCGGCCGGCUAAAUACAAUUAGCAUUAAAUUAUCAGCAUUGUAUCGUGAUUAAUAUAAAUUGCUUAUCAACCAUAUUUAGUAGAUACGCGGAAUAAUUAUGUGUCGAUGUUUACUACGCUUUUCAUUAUAAAUGCAAAGAUUGUAAAAGAGAUCAUAAGGAUCUAAAAGAAUUUUAUGCGUCUCGAAUUUGAGGAUCCAGGAAUUAUAAUACAAGUAUCCAAUGACAUGACAUCCAUUCCCGAGAAUCCAGAGAUAUGAAAUUGUACGGAUCUCGAGCGUUAGUAUUUAAGGAUCCAUUUGUACUCUCGUCCUAAUUAAUUUUAAGCGUACGCUUUCACAAGACGUUUUUUACAUUGCAAGAUACUGAGUUUAGCAAAUACUUGAUUUGACAAACCGUUAGACAAUAAGCGA